AUGCCGGUGGAGCUCCAAGAGUUGGAGUCGCUGCAGGGGGUGGACCUGGACAUCUCCCCCACCGAGGUGCUGCUGAAGCUGCCGGGGGCUUCAGAGUUGCGCAUCCCGCUGCCCAAGCCGAUGCAUGGGGAGGCGAAGGCGAAGUUCUCCAAGAAGCAGAGGCAGCUGACGAUCACCUGGCCCGAGCCGGCCGAAGUCGAAGGUGUGGAUUGCAUUGACCUCCUGAGCCAGGAGAUCGAGCACGCCCUGAAGCAGUGCAAUGUGGAGAAGCUGCAGAAGCUUCCUCAGCUCAGCGGCGGCAGCAUCCUGCUGGACAGCUUCGGAAUUUCUGGGGAGGCAACGGCCACAAGAGCAGAGUGCCAGUACAAGGUGUCCAUCUCCUUUGACUGGGCGGCCCUGGAUGCGGUGGGCGGCCAGCUGGCCACCGGUGGGUGCUUCAUCGCGGACCUCACGCCCCACGCCGUGCCGCAGGUCGCGGUGGAGGGCGAUGCAGGCCCACCCCACGCGGAAGCGGCCAAGAAAUGGAUGCGGAAGGAGGGCGCUUUGCUCAUCGCCGCUGCGCUGGACGGCCCCGCGCUUUGCGCGGCCCUCACGGCUGCCGCAUCGGCGGCGGCAAAGCCGCUGCUGAAGGCGGAGGUGAACGAGUGGGCGAGGUCCUGGCUGGGGACCAAGCUCCCCCAGCUCUCUGUCCGGCUGUUUGGGGGCACGGCGGUGGUUCUCAGCGAGCCGAUUGUGUCCGGGGAGGUGCCCUGCAUAACGCUGGACUGCAGCUGGCGCGCCAGCAUGCCGGGGAAGGAUGUGGAGGGUAGCCUCACAGCCACCUUUGACGGCACUCGGCCCACGGUGGAGGCAUCAGGCCCUCCUGGGCAGGUGCUGACCGCCUUCCGGCAGAAGGGCGUAGAGGCGGUGAAGGACCUGCUUCUUCGCUUUGGGGAGGAGCUGAAGCGGAGGUGA